AUGGGAGGGAGAGAGAGGGGCAUGAGUAUCACGGGAAAGGCAAAGGAAAAGCUUUUGACGAGACUGACUCGAGAUGGGUUCAAGUUACAGAUAAAGGAAACAAGAGGGCUCAUUAUCAUGGUAGCCACACUAGAGGAGAAGGAGAGUCUUCUCGCCAUAGAUCUACACGCAAGGAGCUUUCAAGGUAUGGGGGUCAUGAACGACAUUAUGUUAGUCCUCCUAGGCAGAUAG